AGAAAAGGGAGAAAAAAGAGAGAACAGAAUUAAAAGAAAAAAAGGAGAAAAAAGAGAAAAAGGAGAAAAAAGAUGAAAAAGAGAAAAAAACUUUGAAAAAGCCUGGAAGAAAGCCUAAAAGUGAGAAAGAGGAUAAAAAAGCUGAAAAGCCAAUUACUCCUAGAAAGUAUAAGAAAAGGGAUAUUGAAACUGAUGGAAAAACUACGGAAGAAAUUGUUGAAGGCAAUAAGAUUAAUGGUAAAACUAAAAAAGAUGAUGAGCCAGUUACACCUAAACCCAAAAGACAAAAAGUUGUUAAAGAAUCACCCAGGUAUAAACCCCCAAUAAGAAGAUCAACAAAGAAGACAUUGAACGAAAUCCCAGCUGGAAAGACUAAAGAAUUGGAUGUAUUUGUUUGGGGAACUGGAUCGAUGAGUGAACUUGGGUUAGGACCAAAAGUUAAAGAGGUUAAGAGACCUAGAUUGAAUCCAUUUUUAUUAACAGAUAAAGUUGGAGUUGUUGAUUUUGUAGCUGGUGGGAUGCAUUCAUUAGCGUUGGAUAAGAAUAAUCAAUUAUGGUCAUGGGGUACUAAUGAUAGUGGAGUUCUUGGUAGAGAUACAUCAGGAAAGGAAAAGUUGCGUGAUAUUGAAGAAGGAAGUGAUUCUGAAGAUGAGAUUGGAGAAUUAAAUGAAUCUGAAUCCACUCCUGGGUUAGUUCAAGAGUUGCCAUAUGACCCUAAAGUAUUUCCAGAUAUCAAGAUUGUUCAAUUAGCAGCCACUGAUAAUUUAUCGGCUAUUUUGUAUAGUACAGGAGAAGUAUUUGCUUGGGGUACAUUUAGAUGUAAUGAAGGAGUAUUAGGGUUUUCUGAAGAUAUUAAAAUUCAAACCAGACCUACUAAGAUUAGUGAACUAAAAGAUAUUGUCAAGCUAUCAUCUGGGAAAGAUCAUAUAAUAGCAUUGAGUACUAGUGGACAUGUAUUUGGAUGGGGUAAUGGACAACAAUAUCAACUAGCUAGAAAAGUGUUGGAAAGAACUAGAUUAAAGACAUUAAGACCGGCCUCAUUGGGGAUUAAGAAUAUUGUUAAUAUUGGAUCUGGAGAGAGUCAUUCGUUUGCCAUUGACAAAAAGGGCGAUGUUUAUUCGUGGGGAUUAAAUCAAUUUGGGCAAUGUGGUACUGAAGAGGAACUUGAAGAUAAUUCUGUUGUUAUGAUACCAACUAAAGUUGACGAAUUAAGCGGGAAGGAUAUUAUUGAGAUAGUUGGCGGUGAGCAUCAUUCGCUAGCGUUGUCUAAAGAUGGAAGUGUUUAUGUGUUUGGAAGAUAUGAUCUGAAGGAGAUUGGAAUCAAGAAAGAUAAAUUGCCCGAGUAUAGUUAUAAGAGCAAGGGCGGGAUUGUUAGAGCAGUUCCAUUACCAACCAAGUUGGAAGAUGUGCCAAAAUUCCGUAAGGUUACUGCUGGAUCUCAUCAUUCAUUUGGAAUCAGUGAAGAUGGAGUAUUAUUUUCAUGGGGAUUUUGCGAUACGUAUGCAGUUGGUUUAGGACCAUUAGAAGAGGAUGUCGAGGUUCCUACGAGAAUUGCUAAUACUGCUACAAAGGACCAUGAUAUUCAAUUGAUCAGCGCAGGAGGGCAGUUUUCUAUAAGCGGUGGAUUAAAAUUGAGUGAUGAAGAAGCCGAAAAGAGAGAGGAUAAAUAUGAAGAUUAAGACAAGAACAUGAAGUAAAACUAAAAAAACAAAAAAUGAAAAAAAAUAAAAAAUAGAAAAU